ACCUACAAAUUCCAUGUCCUUACAAUCAUUGCUGCAUCUCAAGCAUCUCAUCACAGCAUUGUUGCCCUGUCUCUCCAGCUCCAAGCUCCAACAAUGGCCAGGCCAUCCUUGCUCCAUCUUCUUCCUCCUCUCCUCUUCUCCAUCGGCGCGGCUCUCGGCCACGCCGACCUUAUGCUGGACAGGUUCGAGCAGUGGAUGAGCAGGCAUGGCUGUGCCUACGCCGACGCCGGCGAGAAGCAGAGGAGGUUUGAGGUGUACCGGAGGAACGUUGAGCUCGUCGAGAAGUUCAACUCCAUGAGCGAUGGUUACAAGCUCGCUGACAACAAGUUCGCCGACCUGACGAACGAGGAGUUCAGAGCUAAGAUGCUGGGGUUCAGGCCUCAUGUUGCGAUCCCCCAAACUCUGAACACAUGCAUUUCUGCUGACAGAGCAAUGCUCGGAGAGAGCGGCGAUGAUGUUCUGCCGAAAAGCGUAGAUUGGAGGAAGAAAGGAGCAGUGGUGCCAGUGAAGAACCAAGGAGAUUGUGGUUCUUGCUGGGCGUUCUCGGCCGUGGCGGCCAUAGAGGGGAUCAACCAGAUCAAGAACGGCGAGCUGGUGUCGCUGUCGGAGCAGGAGCUGGUCGACUGCGACGACGAGGCCGUCGGGUGCGGCGGCGGGUACAUGAGCUGGGCGUUCGAGUUCGUCGUCGGCAACCGCGGCCUCGCCACGGAGGCGAGCUACCCGUACCACGCCGCGGGCGGCGCGUGCCAGGCGGCGAAGCUGAACGAGAGCGCGGUGAGCAUCGCCGGGUACCGGAACGUGACGCCCAGCAGCGAGCCGGACCUGCUGAGGGCGGCGGCGGCGCAGCCGGUGUCCGUGGCCGUCGACGCCGGCAGCUUCAUGUUCCAGCUCUACGGCAGCGGGGUCUACACGGGGCCGUGCACCGCCGAGGUGAACCACGGCGUCACCGUGGUGGGGUACGGCGAGGCCGAGCCGACGGACGCCGCCGGCGGCGGCGGCGCCAAGUACUGGAUCGUGAAGAACUCGUGGGGGCCGGAGUGGGGCGACGCCGGCUACAUCCUCAUGCAGCGCGACGCCGGCGUGGCCUCCGGCCUGUGCGGCAUCGCGCUGCUCCCGAGCUACCCCGUCAUGUGAACAUCGUGGCCUCCUGCUCCUCAGUGCUCCAACUCGUAACGUGUGUGGCUUCAAAUUGGGAUAGUGCUUUAGUUCUAAAUUAGUGAUGUAAUACGCAUGUAAAACUGUAAACUAUCAUGUCAACUGUAAAGUUAUAAGAAAGCAUGAAGUCAACUGUAAAGUUACUUAAAAGAAAGAAUGGGCAUAUGUAUUUACCUGUUUUUUCAUGUUUAAUACCGUAGAUUAUUGGA